AUGGCCCUCGGCUGGCUGCUGUUUCUGGUGAUGGCUCUGCCUUCCGGCACGACAGGCACCAAAAGCUGCCUGUUCUGUGAACUGACUGACUCCCUGAACUGCCCCGGGAUCCUCAUGAGCUGUGGCGAUGACGAGGACUGCUUCACUGGCCAGGGGACUGCUCCCGGCCUCGGCUCCAUCACCAACAAAGGCUGCGUGAGAUCCAGUUCCUGUGGCCGCGAGGAGCCUGUCACCUACCAGGGCGUCACCUACAGCCUCAUUUCCACCUGCUGCUCUGGACAACUGUGUAACAGGGCCCUGGACCCCGCAGACAGCCGGAUGGCGGAGACCCCUACCGGCCUGGCGCUGAGCGUGCUGCUGCUCCGUUGGCUCUGA